AUGGCGAGCCGCGAUGGCUCUCCAGCGCGUCAUCGAAGGACGGCGUCUGAGGAGAGCGGCAUGCUGGGGACAGCCUUGACGACUCGACAUAUCGAAGCUUUCGGGCGAAAAGUAACGACUACAGCAACCCACCUCAUAGGCGACCCAGAGAGUAGCGUCCAUUACCAGCAUGCCAUGAGCGCGCUGCAGAAGGAGCUACGGCGGCCAGGCAUCCAACAACGGGUCUUCUCGUACGCCAAAGCCUCCCCGACAGAAUUGGUCCGGUCCAAGUUAUCUACCACAGAAAUCCAGCAUCGAGCCCUCACCUACCUACCAGACGAACUUCUUGCGAAUAUUCCCGAAGACGAGAAUGUAUACUCUCUAUUUCAAGGCUUCCAGGCCACUCUACCGGAAGGUGAAAGUGAACACAGGAAAAUGCACAAAAGGCGUAACUCGAGAGGGCAGAAACUACUAGAGGCCGAUGAUGCAGAGGACAAGACACCGCUGGAGAAAUUGAAGAAGGAGAGGCAUGGGCUGAAUCACCGUUUGGAGAUGAUGGGUGUCAGGAAAAACAUGUGCUCGUCAGAGAUCCGGGAGAUCGAUAAUAAGAUUUCAAACCUGAACACUAUGCGGAAGAUUGUUCUAGAGAGGCUUGGAGAUUUGGAGCAAGAUGAGGUACGAACGGAGCAGGAUCUGCUCGAGGUGGAUAACAAGCUCGAAGAUCUACUGGAAGAGCUGGAUGAUGCAGCUACAUUAGGCCACACAACAGUGACACCACCCACGGAGAUGGACAUAGAGACUGAAGUCACAACCACGGGUACCCAAGACAUGAGCGCCUCCUUCAUGUCUGCCUCCAUCUACGAGAAACUUCCCUCUCCCAAAGCAAAACGCAACAAACCCACCCGCCGGAAAUCUACACCUAUCAGACACGAACAUUUCGAGCCUGGAUCCGCCAUCAAGGAAUUCCAAGCCCAUAACGACAUGAUCACAGCCCUUGAUUUUGAUGCUCCUUUUGGCACCAUGGUCACCUCCGCCUUAGACGAUACAGUGAGAGUAUGGGACCUCAACCUUGGCCGAUGCAUCGGACUUCUAGAAGGCCACCAGGCCUCCGUCCGCUGUCUGCAAGUCGAAGACAACCUGGUAGCGACUGGCUCCAUGGACGCAUCCAUCCGGCUCUGGGACCUCAGCAAAGCAGAAUACUCCCCUCGCGAAGACACAACAAUAGAAGAGGAGGACGAAGAUCAACCUGCUUCAGACAACGUCGAUCGUCCAGCAUCCCCACAUACCUCAAGCAUGCAAGACUGCCCCCUCUUCACCCUUGAAGCCCACGUCGACGAAGUAACGGCCCUCCAUUUCCGCGGCGAUACCCUCGUCUCCGGCUCCUCAGACAAGACCCUCCGCCAAUGGGACCUAGUGAAAGGCCGCUGCGUCCAAACCCUCGAUGUCCUCUGGGCUGCCGCUCAAGCAUCCUCAACCAUGAAUACUACAGACGCCAAGUGGCGCGCCACGGGCCGCAUCCCUGAUGCAUCAGCAGAUUUUGUGGGAGCCCUGCAGUGCUUUGAUGCAGCGCUCGCGUGUGGGACAGCGGAUGGCAUGGUUAGACUUUGGGAUUUAAGAAGUGGACAGGUGCAUAGGAGUUUAGUGGGACAUACGGGGCCGGUUACUUGUUUGCAGUUUGAUGACGUGCAUCUUGUGACCGGGAGUCUGGAUCGGAGUAUAAGGAUCUGGGACCUCCGAACCGGCUCCAUCCACGACGCCUACGCCUACGACAAUCCGGUCACGAGCAUGAUGUUCGACCCUCGCCGCAUCGUGGCUGCGGCCGGCGAGAGUGUGGCGAAGGUUUACGACAAGACGGAUGGGCGGCAUUGGGAUUGCGGGGAUGAAGAUGGGAAGAGCAGUGUGGAGAGGGUGAGGGUCAAGGAUGGGUAUUUGACGGAGGGAAGGAGGGAUGGGGUGGUGGGGAUUUGGACUUGCUGA